AUGUAGAAUCGCCAAACAUUUUAAAAUUAAAUCAUGCAAAGUUUUAAAUAGUCUAAAAAGAAGAAAGAAAAAGAAGAAAAAGAAGAUGAAAACUAGCGUGUUUACUCUCGAAAGUUAGAGUUAGUGAAUGGCGAGCUUUUUGGCAAGAUAUAAGUUAUUUCAGAUAAAAUAUGCACAACAAAUAAAAUCUCUUUCUUCAAAAAGGAUCGAUAUGUUAUAUUUAACUUUUUGCUCAUGCUAUCGAAGAAUUACUUCUACCGGUUUGGAAAUACGGCUUGUAUAGUUAUUGUUUUUAUUUUUUUAGGUACGCCUGUCAAAAACAUGAUAAAAAGUAGACUUACCUAUGAAAUAAACGACUAUAUCUACUUUUACUUGCUUUAAUCAGUAAUAGGUUUCAUUGUUUUACUGAUAAGAGACUUGUAUAUUAUUACAAACUUAUAAGGACUACUUUCUUAGAUAAACCAAUCACAAUACACUCUUUUCCAAAAAUUUAAUGAUGAUAAGAUUUAGCAAUUAAUAAAGUCAAGUAGAGAUGAUGAGGAUGAUUAAUAUAAAUAAAAAAUAGCUACUUACACUUCUUCAGAGGUCUCAAAUAUAUAAAUUGGUGAUAUAGUUCUAUUAAAGAAAGGUGACAUUUGCCCAGCUGACUGCCUUAUACUGGAUAUGAAAGAGUAAUUUUGUUCAGUAAAGAAUAAUGUCUGCUCCGAGUCAAACUAAUUUGACAUAAAGCGUGCACCACAAGUCACAUAAAUCUUAAGCACUUCAAAAAUUAAAGGGUUUCACUUUGAAUAUAGAAAAAUACUCAAUGGAAUUGUAGAAUUUGUUAGUUCUACUGAAAAUGAAACCUAAUUUGAAGGCUAUAUAAAACUUAAUAAGGAUCCUAAUGGAGAAAAUCUAAAUGACUAAAACAUGAUUUUCAGAGGUUAGGAACUCAUGUACACAGAAUGGUGCGUUGCAUUAGUUCUUUAUGUAGGUUAUGAAUGCAGAUUUUUUAAAAUAUACUCAGAAGAAAGAAAAAAAAUAAAAUUUGCAAAAGGAAAUCUUAGCAAUAAAAUAGAAAAAUUCUUUUUGUUUACAUUUUUAUUUAUAAUAUUAUUUACUCUUGCUUCAUCUAUUAUUGAUUAUACUUAACCUUUCAAUUCCAAAUUUAACUCUACUCAAAUUGAUCAAAAUACUGGAUAAGUAGCUGCCACUUACUUCAUCGAAUACAUUAUCUUCCUUCCUAUAGUGUUAUAUCCCUUUUAUGAUAUCAUGCAUCUUACUUAUUUGUACAUGAAAAAAAGAGUGUUUGAAAAUCCAUUUUAGUUCUUUCCUUGCUAAUUAGAUAUAAAAAAAGAUGAAGACCAAAACAAUGAAGAUCUUUAGGAAAUAAAUUUGUAAGAAUCAGCUUUUACUCCAAUAGAUGAUAUAUAAGAUAGUGAAAUGUGUUUAUCAACUCAUGCGGUUUUUAGCAAAAGCGGCACAUUAACUCAUAAUGAAGAAUUCUAACUAGCUUCUAUCACAAUUGGUAAUAAAAUGUAUAAAUUAAAUAUCGAAACUCUAACAAAUGUAAUUAAUCAUAUCGCUGCUGCAAAACCUUCGCUUCAGUAUGUUUAAGAAAAUAAAGUACCUUCAUAUGAAGCAAUAGAUAUUGAUGAGGGAACAAUAAACAACUCUCCAGAUAGAAAAAAUGUCUGUACUCGUAAAUAAAACCUUGAAAAGAUGUAAGCUAAUGAUUUUGAUCUUAUGAUGCUAAGAAAUGUUUUUGUAUAAAAUGUAUAAAACUAAACUUUAAACACUUAAAGCACAUAAUAGUAAAAUGAAGAAACAAUAAAUACAAAUGAAGCUAGAGAGUAGAAAUACAAAAAAGAAUACUUGGAUACCGCUUCCCCAUUAAAUGGUAAUGGUUCACUUGAAAAAAAUACUUAAAUUAACUAAUAAAUAGAUGCUUCACCUAUUUUGCAUCAUCGUUCUGACAUAGGAAGAAUGUUUUCUAGCCCUAAAUCUAAUAUUUCAGGUGAUUUUUUGAAUGAACCAGACUACAUAAAUUUAAGAGGAUAGACAAUCAGUGAGAACUAAAGCAUGGAAAGCUCUCCAGCAGAUGUUCAUCAUAAAUUUGAAAAUGUAUUAGUCCGUUAAAAAAAUGAGUCUUGUUCCAUGAGCUAGAGUGGCAUACAUUUGGAUAUAAGCAAUUUUACAGGAGGAAUAGAAAAAUUUUACAAAAACACUUAGUAGAAUUCAUAAUUUACAAUCGAAGGAUUGUUAGAUAGCUAAGCACCACUUGAUUUCUCAUCAAGUAUCAAUAACAGUAAAAUUGGCUAAAAUAGUUUUGAGAAAAAUGACAUUGAAUUCAUACAAGAAGAAAGAGAUUUUCUUAAAGAUCUCCUCAAAAAUGAUUAAUCGUUUGCUAAUGCAAUUAAAGCCAUAUCAGUUUCUCACAUGACAAAAACUAAAUUUUAGCAAACUUAGCUUCAAUUUUUUUAAGAAACGAUAAAUCCAUUAGAUAAAUUGAUUUAAGAUUUUACAUCUCAAAUAGGCUAUUAAUUUAGGUGUUCAAAUAAAAUAAAUGAUGGAGGUAAAGAUAAAUUUUAGUAUAUCUUCACAAACUAUUAAAAUGAAACUAAAAAAUACACACUCCUCCUGCCACCUGCAUAUAAUGAAAGAAAAACAAGGUUCUGCAUCAUUUUGAAGGAAGACGAUUCUAAAAGAUAUACCCUCUACUUAAAAGAAGAAUUAGUAAAUUAUCCUAGCUAUAUGAUGGUUGAUAAAGGUAUAAAUAGACAAGAUUAAGAAAAGAGACUUAGGAGACUAAUAGAGCAAGGACAAAUUCCUAUUGCCUUCUGUAAAAGAGAAUUGGAUGAAUUAGAAAUCUAUUAGAUAUAAAACUAAUAUGAGAAUGCUUUGAAAGCUCCAGAAUUCUAUUAAAACAAAGAGGCGAUCAUUAAUUAUAUAUAUUCCUCUUACAUUUUUAAACUUGAACUGUAAUGUAUUAUUGGUAUUUAAGAAACUUUAAGAAAAGAUAGCUAAGAAUUAGUUAGCUUGAUGAAUGAAAGUUUCAUUAAUACUUGGAUGCUGACUGGAGACUAGUUCCAAAAAGCUGUCCCUGCUGCAUACAAUUGCAGAAUUUUACAAAGGGAAUCUACUUAACAAACUUUAAUUUUUGAUUGCAAUAGCUAUAAAAAUCUAAAAGCGCUUAUUAAAAAUUAUAUUAUAAUACUUAAACAAAAAUAUCUUGGAGAAACUCCUCAAAUAAAUAAAAAUUAAAAUGACUUUCAAAUAUAAAACAGUUUGAAAAGAAAGAAGACUUCAUUCACAAACUAUGAAAAAGAAGACAAUAACAAAAUAUUUAACAUUAUAAUAUCUGGAAAGACCUUUGAAAUUAUUUAAAAAAAUUAAUAUUUAAAUGAUCACUUUACAUUUCUUUUAUUCUUUACAAAAAACUUAGUUGGAUAUUAAUUCGAUUAAUUCCAAAAAGCAUAAAUUUUAUAAAAUCUUAAAAAAUGCUAGCCUAAAUCAAAAAUUUUAGGAAUUGGCAAUGGAUUGUCUGACCUAAGAAUGUAUGCCUAGUGUGACUAUUCAAUUGAAGUUGUUGACUUCUAAAAACGGGAAAUUUAUGCAAGGGCAAAUAGUAUUGUACGUAGCAUGAAAGAUAUUAUAAAGCAACUGGCAAUAAAUUCAAAAAUAAAUUAUUUGUUUAGAGAAGAUUUAAUUAUAAUUAUUUUCAAGAAGUGCUUUUUAUUAGGCUUACUCAUGUUUUUUUGGAAUAGUUAUUAAUCUUCUUAUGGGAUAUAAUUAUUUGAUUAGAUUUACUUGUUUUAAAAUAUAUACUAUACCCCAAUGGCCAUUUUUUUAUUGCUGAUGCUAAAAAUGUACAAAUGGCAAUAGCCUUUCAAAAAAGAAAUUAUUGAUAAAGUCUAAACAAUCAUUUACAUAAUCCAUAAUAAAUCAGCCAAAAGAGAUAAUAUUAUUUAAUACAUCAAAACUGUAUUUUUGUAAGGAACCAUAGAUGGUUUAUUGCUAUUUUUAGUAAAUAUUUUUUAGUAUUAACGCAGCUUUAUCUCAAAUAAUGGGUAGGUUUUAGAUCAAAAAUUUUUGGACUACUUUUUGUACUAGAAUUUUCAUGCAUUUUUAAUUUACAAAUAUUUAUCUUAUCGUAAAUUAAAUUGGAAAAUUUGGAUAAUUGCAAUUAUCUCAAUAUGCUUAAUUUAAGUUAAUAGAAUAUGGGAUAAGGACAUACAAGCUUAGUCUUUUGUAGUAGUUAAUAUGACAUAAGUCUGCCAAGGUUUCUUGACUAUCUCAAUAAAUUUAUUUACAUUAAAUUUCUAUCCCCUAUUCUAGACAAAAAUAAGUAAAUAAUCCAAGAAAUUUUAUGAGCUCUUUGAAAUCCUAAAGAAUCUUUUACUAGAAAAACCUAUAAAAAAGUUUAAUUUACAUAUGACUAAGGUUAUAAGAAACGUCUUUAAAGAUAGAGAAAAAGAAAGAGCGCUUGAAGAACUAAUUACAGAUGACGCCACUAUAUCUUAAUCCAAGACUAAUCCUUUUACCUUAAAGUUCCUUUAAAAAGAAACUGAAACUAAAUAUAUCUAAAUGAUAUCUUAACGUGAUAAGCGAUUCAUGUAGAUUUAUAUUAUUUUGUAAAUACUUCUACAGUACAUUUGCUAAGCUCUAAUGUACUCUUAUGAAUUGUAAGAUAACCACACCUUUAAUAGUUUUUCUAUCUGCUCAGCUAUACUAGCAAUAACGUGGUUUAUAACUUUAACAUCAAUUUAUAGCAAAUACUUUUUAUAAAUAAAUAAUUUUAUCAUAUUUAUAAAAGUAUUGUGCAACUUAGAUUUGAUAUUAUCAGGAAAGUAUGUCUAAAAUUCAUUACAAGAAAUUAUUAACCAUUUGAUUAUAAGCCAAUAGAGCUACGUCAAUCCUAUUUAUUAUAUUGCUGCAAUUAUGACUACAACUCUUACUUUUAUUUUUGCUUUUUUUAAAAAAUAUAAUUAAUUUGAGUAUUUCAACGAGUAAAAUCUUGAAACAAGCUAUUUCAUUACUUAGACUAAUUAAUACAUACAAAGCACUGUCUUGGUAUUCUAAGUUUUGAUUGUUAUUUUGAUUAUCAAAAAUAAAUACAGGUUUGAUCAUCUUUAAAGGCUUCAUUUUUAAAAAUUAAAUCAUCUAUCCUAUGAAACAAAAAAAAUUUAAGGAGUAUUGUCGAUUUUAAUGCCUAAAUUUAUUAGAGAUAAAAUAGACAAAAAUGGUGAAGUGCAACUGCAGGAAGAUCAAGGUGAAGUUUCUAUUCUUUUCUGCGAUAUUUGUGAUUUCGAACAGAUUUUGAGUGCAGAAUAAGAGAACAUUGUGAGGCUAGUUGAUAAACUCUUUAGAAGCUUUGACAGUCUUUGCAAUCAUGCAGGCCUUUAAAAAAUUGAGACUGUAGGUAAAACUUAUAUGGCUGCAGGAGGAUUGAAGGAUUCUGAAAAUAAAAAGAGCUAAUACAAGUAAAUAAAUCCUGUGGCAAGAGCUGUCAUUAUGAGUUUCGAAAUGAUGGAUAUCAUUAAGUAAUUCAACUAUGGCGAUAAUGAGAAAGUAAAAAUUAAGAUAGGUAUUCAUUAUGGAAGAGUUAUUGCAGGUGUCAUAGGAUGCCACAAACCAUAGUUCAGCUUAAUAGGGGAUACAGUAAACACUGCAAGUAGAGUAUGUAGUACAGGUGAUGUGGGUUAAAUAACCUUGUCAGAGUAGGCAUACGAUGAAAUUAAACAAAUUCCGUACAUAAUUUUUUAGAAGAAGAGAGUGUAUGCUAAAGGUAAGGGAGAUAUUAACACUUACUAAGUUAUGAAAAGGCAAAAGUAGAAAAACUAAAAUUCAAACGAAAUUCCUUUAAGAGACUAAGUUAUUUAGAGAGUGAGCUAAAAGAAGAAUUCGGAAAAAGGAUUCAUAAAUUAACUUAGUGAAAUGAGCAACAAGAAUAUGAGGAAAAAUAAAACAACUAUAUUAAAACAAAGAAAAAUUUUAAAUGAGUACCACUCUCAAGAAAACAUAGAGUAUUUCAACUCAUUUAACUUUUAGUUAAAUAGUCCAACUAAACUUAGCGAAAAUAAGAAAUAUAACAUUAAAAUUCCUGAUUAAUUGACUGCUAAUAGGUAGCAGCAAUAAGAAGAAGGAGGUACUACAAACUUUGAAGAGAUGAGCUCAUACAAAUUUGCAAUUUAGAGUAACAAUCUGCAUACUAUAAAUGGAUUUGCUCAAUCAUAAAAAAGCUCGAAUAACAAUAUCUUAUCUAAACCAUUUUUAUCAAACGGAGCACUAACGAAAGCUUUCAGUAGUAAAGUCUUAGGUAAUUAAGGAGAAGCAAUUUAAGAAGCAGACGAAGAAGAAGAUAAAAAAAUCGAAGCUCACAAGAAAAGUUAAGAAUAAUUCAUAGAAGAAAGGAAGAAAUCUGAAAUUAGUCAAAAUUUACAAGAUCAGUAAAGAAAAAUAACAACUAGUCUGAAUUAUCAAAUAAAUAACAGAAAUUAUAAUUCUCCUAGCAUAGAAAAUAAAAAUAAUAUAGAACAAUCUACCAUCAAAGAAAAAGUAGAUAUUUACACUAAAUUAGAUUGCUAAAAUAAGGAGACCGUUGAUGAAGAUAUUUGUUAGUAAAUUCUACGUAAAUAAUCAAAGUUCAAAAAUGAAUAUGAAUAAACACCUUAGUCUGAAACAAACACACUAAAAAAUCAUAAUUUAUAAACUUACGAGCUUAUCAGUCCCAUAGAAGCUUAAAAAACUGUUACUAUUGAUGAGCAAGCAGUCACUUAAGAAAAUUAGAUAGAAUAAUAUGAUUUAAAUAAUUUGAAACGUCAGGAUAGAAAAAGCAAACGUUAUUUAUCGAAAGAGCUCUCUAAAAUGUGGAAUCAAAAAAUAGAUAAUCCAGAAUCCUCUACAAUAAUUAUAUAACCUAUUAAAGCUUUAGAAUAAGAAUUGGGUACUGAUUUAAAGAUAGACAUAAUCUAAGAAGUAAAAGAAGCAGAAGUCGAAAUUGAAAAACUAGAUGAGCUUUUUGUAGAAGAAAAAAUAUUAAAUAAAAAAUUAGGAAAAAAAAAUCACAGUGAGCACUCUUACCAAUAUAAUGAAUUCUUGAAAAUAGAUGAUUAUUUUUUAAAAGUUUUUCUUUAACACCAAAUACAUAUUAAUUCAAAUGUGUUAAAAAGAACUCUAAUUUUAAGCAUCAUGAUGGCUAUUUUUAAGAGUGUUUGCAUAAUACUUGUGUUACAUGAUUUUACUGAUUUUUUAUAUUUUUGUAUCAUUCUAUAUGGAGUCUCUAUAACUAUCUGCUUGGCUAUGCUUAUAAUUUAGAAAAAGAAAAUCUUUAAGAUAAAUGGUUACAAAAUAAGUAUUAUUUUGUCUUUUAUUUACUACAUUCAGUCAGCAUCAGUUUUUAUUGAAAUUUUAUUAAUGAAAUUGAAUGAUUAAGAAACAGAACAAUAUCCACCUUAUAUUCAUGUCUUAACACUUCCUUUGAUAUACCUUUUUAUUCUGUUUUUAAGGGUAUGCAUGUUUACACCUAGGACAAUGAUAUUUAAAGCUGUUUUUCAGAUUAUAGUUUGGAACAUUGUUGCAAAUAAAGUAUGCAAAAUGACUAUACAUUUAGAAUAUCUUGUUUUAUUUACAAUUUUUAUACAAUUGAUAAUCUAAAUAAAUAAUUUUUAUUUGGAAAUCUCUCAAUUUUAGUACCAGUAAACACUAGAAUCUAGAGCUAAAAAGUAAAAUGAUAUUCUAAUGUACUUGCUACCUGAGCAUAUACUUUCUAAAUUUUUAAACAAUCCUAAUAAAAAAAUUGAUCUUAUAGAUUAGCUCGAUAACGUUACAUUCUUGUUUGCAGAUAUAGCUGGUUUUACUAAAUACUCUGGUAGCGUCCAACCAGAAAAUGUGGUUAAUAUGCUGAGAAUUUUGUUUAAUGAAUUUGAUUAAUAAUGCUAGAAGAAAAAUCUGUAUAAAAUAUACACAAUAGGUGAUUGUUAUGUUGUAAUUGGAACGAAAAACGCGAGCAACAGACUUAGACCUCAUGAAGAAGCAAAAAAUGUUGUUGAGUUAGGGUUUGAAAUGAUAGAAAUAAUUAAGAAAGUACGUUCAAUUGUGCAGUUUGAAGAGCUAGAAAUGAGAAUAGGUGUUCAUACAGGAUCGUACAUUGGUGGAGUCAUUGGUACAGAUAUUGUAAGGUACGAUAUUUAUGGUCCAGAUGUCAUGAUUGCUAACAAAAUGGAGUCAAAUGGAGAAUAAGGAAAAGUUAUGGUAAGCAAAACUACUAUGAAUUUGUUGUAUGACCAUUAUGGAAGUAGAUAUAAUUUUACCAAAGGCAACGAAGUCUAUAUAAAAUAAUUCCACAAACAUAUUGAAGGAUACUUCAUUGAACAAAACAUUAUUUGA